AUGGAGGUGUGCGAUGAUCCCAAAAUUAUCGAGCAGAAUAUCAUGGAGGUAAAAGUUAGCAGCCCCGAUUAUGUGAAUAUGAAUAAAGAUGCGGCGUUGGCGGAUUUCUUACAGAGAAUCUUACAUUACCAAGAAAGGUACAGCCCGUUAGACGAAGAACGAGAAAAAAAUGUAUCCUUCAUGAAAAUCUAUAAUACAGGGGAAAAAGUAGUGGUACACAAGCACGAAGGUCAUGUUCAAGCUAGAAUCGUUUACUAUCUGAUGAAUAUCCACAUAACCCCUAGAACAAUUUAUUUAACAAGACAUGGUGAAAGUGAACAAAAUUUGUUGGGACGCAUUGGAGGCGACUCGAAUUUGAGCGCGAGAGGUAGACAAUACGCUAAUGCUUUGGCAGCUUAUAUCCAGGAUCAAAAAAUUAAUGGUCUCAGAAUUUGGACGUCCUGGCUCAAAAGAACUAUCCAGACCGUGGCUGGUCUACAAGUACCACAAGAAAGAUGGAAAUCCCUCAAUGAAAUAGACGCUUUGCUGUCACAAGUUUUUCGCAGCGCUUUUGCUGUACCACAAAAGGGUUCUCGGCCAAUGGGGAAGCAUCGUGCUCCUCGUGCUAGUGAAUCAGCCUCUUCGUUGCCCUUGUGUCCUGUGCGGCCUGGUACCCAGGCUAAUGACAGUCUGUUUUGA